CAGUCAGAGGUCCAGACGCACUGCACCAUGAGUGUCUCUGUGCUGAGCCCCACAAGACUCCUGGGCAGUGCCUCUGGGCUCCUGCAGGUGGCCUCCCUGCUGGCUCUGGUUCUGCUGCUGCUCAAGGCAGCCCAGCUCUACCUGCACAGGCAGUGGCUGCUCAAAGCUGUCCGGGAGUUCCCGUCCCCUCCUUCCCACUGGCUGUUCGGGCACAACCAGGAGUUCCAAAAGGACCAGGAGCUACAACAGUUUCAGAAAUGGGUAGAGAAAUUCCCAUGUGCCUGUCCUCGCUGGCUAUGGGGGAGCAGAGUCAACCUCAUGGUUUAUGACCCUGACUACAUGAAGGUGGUCCUGGGAAGAUCAGACCCAAAGAAUGAUGGUACAUACAGAUUCCUGGCUCCCUGGAUUGGAUAUGGUUUGCUCCUGCUGAAUGGGCAGACCUGGUUCCAACACAGGCGGAUGCUGACCCCAGCCUUCCACUAUGACAUCCUGAAGCCCUACGUGGGGCUCAUGGCCGACUCUGUCCGAGUGAUGCUGGACAAAUGGGAAGAACUCAUCAGCCAGGACUCCCAUCUGGAGAUCUCUGAACACAUCUCCUUGAUGACCCUGGACACCAUCAUGAAGUGUGCCUUCAGCCAGAAGGGCAGCAUCCAGACAGACAGACAAAGUGAUCAAGCUGAGGAAGGCACACCUACAGGAGGAGGAAGAGCUGGAGAAGAUCAGGAGAAAAAGGAACUUGGAUUUCCUGGACAUCCUCCUCUUUGCCAGAGUGACCCUGGUCUGCCUGGGCCAUGCCUGCCCUCAGAUUGGGGUUCAUAUUUCAGGGAUCACCUAGAUCAGAUGCCCUACACCACCAUGUGCAUCAAGGAGUCACUGCGACUCUAUCCUCCUGUACCAGUUGUUGGCAGAGAGCUCAGCAAGCCCAUCACCUUCCCUGAUGGACGCUCCUUACCCAGAGGAAUCCAUGUCUCACUUAACUUUUAUGCACUUCACCAUAAUCCGAAGGUGUGGCCUAAUCCAGAGGUGUUUGACCCUUCCCGUUUUGCACGGGGUUCUGAUUCACACAGCCAUGCUUUCCUGCCCUUCUCAGGAGGAUCAAGGUGA